AUGCACGUCACCACAGAAUACACUCAUUUUCAUAACAAGGUCCGUCUUGACAAAGGCCGCGAGUCUGUUGCGGCCGUAUGUGUUGAGAACCUUUCCAAAUGGCCUGAAGCAAUUCAAGAGAUUAGUACAUGGCCUGAAUACGAGCCACAACCCUUGCACUCGCUGCCUCAUCAGGCAAAGCAACUUGGUGUUAGCAAGCUUUUCUUCAAAGACGAGAGUAAACGCUUUGGCACCUCUCUUGGAUCUUUCAAGGCACUUGGUGCUCCAUACGCUGUUUUCAAAAUCUUGGCCAACCAAAUAUUUUCAGAGACCGGUGUCAGACCGACAUCAGAGGAACUUCGAACUGGCAAGUUCAAGCACAUCACGCAGAAUGUCACGGUCUGUGUCGCCACAGAUGGAAACCAAGGUCGAGGACUCGCCUACGGUGCCAAGAUCUUUGGCUGUCGUUGUGUGGACUAUAUUCACAGCCACGUCAGUUCGGGACGUGCAGAAAGGAUGAAGGACUUGGGCGCCAUCGUCAUUCGUGUCAAUGGCGAAUAUGAAGCAUCUGUUGAGAGAGCCAAGGAGGAUGCGCAAAUGAACGGGUGGCACUUCGUCAGCAGCACUUCCUGGAGUGACUUCGACAACGGCAUCCCGCAGCACGUCAUGAAUGCCUACAUGGUCGUUGUGGAGGAGGCCCUCCAAAUGAUCCCUGUGGUGGAAGAUAUCACGCACGUCUUUGUAUGCGGAGGCGUUGGCAGUAUCGCCGCAGCCAUUUUCCUGGGUUUCUUCACUCGCUUCUCCCAAAUCCAAAAGUCCAACCAAGGAACGCCCUUAAAUCCUCCGAGGUAUGUAGUAGUUGAGCCAUCGGAAGCAGACUGCCUGUAUCAAAGCGCCACGAAGGGAGAGAUAUCUCUGUCUGGGGGAAGUCUGCGUACGUUGAUGGCGGGUCUGGCUUGCCGUGGUCCAUCACCAGCCGCAUGGAAAAUCUUGAUAUGGCUGGCCAGUGAUUUCGUUGCUGUUCCGGACGAGGUAGCCAUCGACGGCAUGAAGGAGUUGGCAAGCGGACGCGGAGGUGAUGUUCCUGUUGUUUGUGGAGAAAGCUCGGCGGCCACCGUGGGCGUAUUGCUCCAGUCGGCCCAUGAUGAAACACUUCGUGAGAAAUUGGGAUUGACAAGUGAUAGUCAGGUUGUUUUGUUUGGACUCGAGGGAGCUACAGAUCCUGUCAUUUACGAGAAGCUGGUUGGCAAGCCUCCUGCGCAGAUUCUUGAAGCACAAGAACGUUUUUUCCAAGCUUCUAAAUAA